UCGAACUAGCAACCUUGCGAUUACUAAACAACUCCUCUACCUCCUGUACCACUGUCACCCACUGUCUCACUCCCAAUGCUCUAGAACUGUUCAGGGACUUCCAUUGCCAUUCUCAAGGACAUUGCGCACAUGCGUACACUUAGCUUCUCCUUUACAUUUGAGGGGUAUUUCAUUUAAUUAUGUUAUUAGCAGCAGUGUUCUUGACUACAGGAUCCUCACAAAACAGAUAUAUUUGAAGAGAGUAAAUAAUAACAACAGAAAAUAAUAAAAAAAGGUAAUUGAUAAAAGAAGACAUAAAUAGUUUUAGAAGAAAAUAUAUUGUACAAUAACAGACCUGUAAUAAUCUGGGGCUGAGGAUGAACUUACUGUAUAAACUGCCAAUGCCUACAAUAGCACAUGUUAUACAGAUCAGCAUUUUGUUUUGGAAUUCUCUGGAAGUAGUUGACAGUUAAUAAAGAUGAUUAUAAAAUGAUGUUGGGGGUGAACUCAUCAUCCUUGUCAGUUUCGGAUUGGGGAGCUCAGCAAGGGUUCAUUGUGCACAGCCAUUGUUGCAGUCCAUCUGCAACAAGAGACAGAAAGAUUAAAGAUAAUAACAUUCCCACACAUAUCCACCAUGAUCAGCCAAUCUUGGAAAUGUCUGAAAUGGUAGGCUGUUCUUCGCCAUGAAUCCAGUAGAUUCUUCACUACCUGGUGUCUGACAUGAACAAUAUGUCUCCAGUAUCAGUGUCUGAGCCAGCUUUUCUGUCACAAUGGCUUCUGAAACUUCUGGUGCUGAAAGCAUGACAAAUCCAAACGCUCUUUUUGAAAUUAGUUUAUGUAUCCCUUAUCCCUUUUGUCUGUAACCAUGCAAAAUGGUUGGCCUCAGGUUUGUAAGCCUUGUAAUUUGUUAUUGUGAAUGGCUAGACCUUCUUGUCUGCAGUGAUAUGGAUGUGCCUUCACAUCAGGUCGAUCCCUGGUGCCCCCCUUCACACCUUUCCUAUCAGGGGGAUCCCUGGUCCCCUUCCUGCUAUUCAUAUGUCACACCUUGUAUCACCCCAACCAGCCUCCGAGACACACACACCCCCUCCAUAGCUACCUUUAUGGUUACCUCAACCAUGGUGGUCUUGUUUUCAGUUUGUUGAUCUAGAAGCAGGUUUACGCAAAAAAUACUGUUUCAAAUUUUAAAGUACCACAGAUUUUAAAUUAUUAUAUUUUAUACUGAAGGUGAGCAGUAGUUUCUUGCAGUAGGCAACAGCCUCUUGUGUUGAAGGAGCAAGUGCAACAGUAAAACAGCUUAAUUAGGACAAUGCAUUUUAAGUAAAGUUUCAUACAUACCCAACGGCUGGCAGCACCACAGCGGAGCUCUGGAAAGGCAUGGAUGAUGGACUGAAAUUGACUUCAUUUACUUGUUCACUUCAGGCUGUAAGAGUGUUGGUCUGCCUGUAUCUUGUGUCUUUGUUGCCUUUUGGGUUACCAUUUAAUUGGUCUCGUUGUGUCAGGUUUGCAAGGUAAAGCAAUUAGUAUAAAGUGUUCUAAUGACUACCCGACCAAGAGGUCUUUGCCUCAAGCUUUGUUUGGUGGAACAAUUUUGAUGUUUCUUCCUAGUUGCUUAGUGCCUGGGUGCCUUCACUGACUCAACAGCUCUUUUUUAAAGCUAGUGUUUACAGGCUUCUUAGUUCAUGCAUUUUCAAUAAGGUAUCAUGUUUUAAUACAUCAUUAUUUGCAAUUUUAAAUAUGUAAUUGAUGACUUUAUUUGUGGUCAUAUCUAGUUUAAAAAAAAAUGUAAUACUGGCUAUUUCUCUAUAGUGGAAAGGGAAAAUGACUUUGUGUACUCUGCAAAAAUGGAGCACAACAGGCACCAAGACUGCGAGCUGUAGGGCUGCUGGAAAUGCCUCUAAAUGUAGUCUGUUGUAUAAUCCCUCUAGGGCCCCUUUUGCUAUUUUUGUUCCUGGAUAUGCGUCAGGACUGGGUAUUUUCUCUGGUGACUAGCUUACAUCAGUAGCCUAGGUUUCCUAGCAUAUGCUCAGUGAGUGGCCUUUGAUUGAUGGGACUUUCUCCUGUUAUCUGGUUUGUUAGUGACCUCAGAGAAUGUACACAGUGAAAUUUGGCUUGACAGAAUGCCAUGGACAAGAGGGAUCAUGUAAAGCAGUGGUCUGCAUCGUCUUUGAAUUUUGGCCAAGGGAUGUGUCUGACUGAUCACGGGAUGCACAAGCCUCAGAGAGAAGAAAUAGCCUCGGACUACAGACGUGUCCUACCGUUCCCACUGUGUCACUGAAUUCCUCUCAUCCGGUCACCCACAGCCCUAGUUACAGAUAAUACGAGGAUCACACCAUAGUUGACACACUGGAAAGACCAGGACAACAUCAAGCUAAUCAUCAAGGAGUUUUUCUAGUACGAGGUGUGACAGAAAAGAAAUUAACUGAUGGGAAAGGAUUUUAUAUCAGUGAAAUAUGGAACAACCUGAAAAGGAUGUAUCUCUUCUGAUGUUUGGCACAUCUGUGAAAUCAAUUUAACAAGCAUCAUAACACCAUAGAAGAAAGGGGACAAUGGAGCAUCAUGAAUCUGCUGCAGAACAGAAAUGCAACAAAGAGACUAGAGAAAAGAUUCUCCAGAGGAAGUGGGUUUCUGAGCCAUCGCCUGAUAUUAGACUGUAUUCUGAUCUAGAUGGGAAAGGUCACACAGAACUUGAAGGUCUACAGGGUGGGGGGAGUGGGAGCAGCUCUACUGGGUUGGGACAAAAGUAUCACCCUGGGAAAGUUCUGUCAUCGUCAGUGAGUCAGUCAUAUCAGAGCAACCAGUAUCCACAGGUCAACCCCAACACUUACUCCCAAAAGUUACCACAUGCAUAUCCACAGCUAAUGCAAGAUUCUGUCUUGCCUGGCACAAAGCCACAGCCUGGUCUGGAUACCUGGCGCCUGAAGUGUACCACCUCAGAUGACAUGUUCCUUGAACACACCCACGGCCAUGGAGCCUUCCCACGACAGAAGUCUCCAGGUUCACCUAUGUUAUUUGUACAGUAUUCUCAGCCAGGAUCUGAGCAAUAUGAGGAAACACAUAAAAAGGAACUGAAACCCAAAAAGCCAGGAAAAUAUAUCUGCAACUACUGUGGCAGGGCUUGUGCUAAACCCAGUGUGUUGAAGAAGCACAUCCGUUCACAUACUGGGGAACGGCCCUAUCCCUGCGGCCCGUGUGGCUUCUCCUUCAAAACCAAGAGCAAUUUGUAUAAACACAGAAAAUCCCAUGCCCAUGCUAUUAAAGCAGGACUUGUUCCAUUUUCUGAACAGGCAGCUACACGUGCAGACAUGGACCAGGCCUCCUCCGUGGGAGAGGCAGACAUACAUUCAGAUGGAGAACAAAGUACAGACACAGAGGAAGAAACCACAGAGGGUAUUUUAUUCCAGGACAAAAGUUGCCAAAUUCCACAAAUAUCAUUUGAGUCUGAGUCAAGCACGAGGGAAAAGAUUGGACAAGCAGCAUAUCUAGACUCAGCUGAGGAGUGUUCAAUGGCAUCUAUGAAAGUGCCUAUCUUAAUUAUUCCCAAACAGGGGAUCCCAUCAACAGCAAUGGAGUGCACCAAUUCUCAAGUUGGUCAAGGUGAUGAGUCUCACGCUAUCAAACAGAGGCUUGCUUUGAGACUUACUGAGAAAAAAGGCCAGGAUUCGGAACAGUCUCUUAAUCUUUUGAGCCCACAUAGCAAAGGCAGCACAGAUUCAGGAUAUUUCUCGAGGUCUGAGAGUGCAGAGCAACAAAUUAGCCCACCCAACACCAACGCAAAGUCCUACGAGGAAAUAAUGUUUGGAAGAACCUGGCCCAAUUCCAGACUGAGACAGUCCAUCACUGUAGGUAUGGCAACCAGCCAAGACAAUAAUAUCAUCGGCAUGAAUGAGCCUGAAGCCAUGCUGGACAUGGGAAUGAGCUCACAGGAACAUAGGUUCUUGACAGGUGAUAGUUCAGAGUUGCAAAUGCUACCCAGAUGUGACGUAAAAGUAUAUGCCACUGAUCCUCAUUGCAACAGUAGUCUUUUAGAAGCUCCUUCUGAUUCAGGCCCUCUGAUGCGUAGCAACUCAAUGCCAACAUCCUCUUUCACAAACCUUAAUGUUCCACCAGGCCUAAGAGGGAGUCACUCAUUUGAUGAGAUGAUGACCCCAGAUGAUGUCUUCUAUCCUGGUGCAGCUGGUUUGCGAAGACUAAGGAGACAAGCUGCUUUUGAACAUUCAGCACAUGAGGGACAUGCUGAUUCAGAAAACUGUAGUAUACUUGUUAAGAAUGCAGUUCCACCAUUACAGUUUUGGGAACGAGGCCAUCUGAUUCAAGAUUUCAGGACCUCGGGAAAAGAAGGUGUUGGUCCUGAAAUAGAGAGAACCCCUUUUGUCUCACAUAGUUAUAAAGUUGGUAUUGUUGAAAGCACCACCAGAAAACGCAGAAAGGAAAAAAGUGUUGGAGAUGAGGAAGACUCUGUCGGACACUAUGACAAUAGUCCAAGUGGUUGUGAAAUUGUUGGUGAUUAUGAUUCAAAUAUGGGUCAGAAUGCUUCAAGAGGUACAUCCACUGGAAUGGGAGCCAUCUGUAGUUCACAUAGCCAGUCAGACAGUUUUGAUAAUGGGGUUGCUAUUAGUUCUGAGGAUUUAGUUAUUGUUCCAGAUCUUGACAGGAAGACAACAGGUCAUGUGAUCUCUGUAAUACAGCACACCAACUCAUUGAGUAGGCCAAACUCAUUUGAGAAGUCUGAGUCCAUUGAUCUUCCAUCUUAUCAAGACAAGCCAGUCAGACAGUUCUCGGAGCACUCUGACGCGGAUAACAUUGAGAAUGGUAAAAGCCCUGAGUUUGUAUUUAGAUCUGAAAGCAUGGAGCGACAGCAACAAAGUGACAGUGAGCUUCCUGGUCUAUCACCAAACCAGCAGUAUCAUAUGCCUCACAAACUAGUGAGGCAGCCAAACAUUCAAGUGCCUGAAAUCAGAGUGACAGAGGAACCAGACAAACCAGAGAGAGAGCCAGAGGCAGCGACUAAGGAGCCAGAGAAGCAACACGUGGAAGAGUUCCAGUGGCCUCAAAGAAGUGAGACUCUGUCACAGCUCCCUGCAGAAAAACUGCCUCCCAAGAAAAAGCGCCUUCGUCUGGCAGAUAUGGAGUACUCUUCUGGUGAAUCUAGUUUUGAGUCUGCGUGCACCAGCCUGUCGAGGAGUCCCAGUCAGGACAGCAAUCUGUCUCAUAGCUCAAGUUUCUCUAUGUCAUUUGAAAAAGAGGAAAGUAUAAAAUCCAUGUCCCCAACCAAACUGGACGAUUUCUGCAAACAAUCAGAGUUUUUAACUGUUCCAGGAAGUGGGCAUUCCCUCUCUAUACCAGGUCAUCACCAGAGGGAAAUGCGACGUUCCUCAUCAGAACAGGCUCCUUGCACAUUACCUGCAGAGGUACCAGAGAUUCGUAGUAAGUCAUUUGAUUAUGGAAGUCUUUCCACCUCUUCAAGGCAAGGGGAGCCAUAUGCAAGUCCUUCAUCUUUAAAAGAACGAAGACGGGGUUACCUUGUCAGGCAAGCAUCCUUAAGUGUGUACCCUGAGACUGCUUUGCAAGAACAGAGUGUAGAUAUAAGUAUGAAGCAAGAACAUUCUGAGAUUGUUCCCCAUCUCUCAAGCUUAGGUUGGCAUAAUGGUUCCCUUACAACCUCUCAUGGUGCAACCACUAGUGAAGAAGCCAAAUCAAAGAGAGCACAAGAAUCAUCAGACUGUGAGCAUUCUACACAAGAGUUCAUACAUCAAGAGGGAGCCCUGACAUUUCAGUACUGGGAUAAUUCCCCCACACAAAGGCAACCGCAGUACCUGUCUUACAGUAAACAUCACCUGCCUAAAAUACGUAUCAGACAUCCCAGUUUGCUGCCAAUUCACCAGCAGCUUCCCCAAACUCUUCACCAAGAGCAGUGUAAUUCAGAGACAGAUAGAGGUUGUGGUCAGAGCUAUUGUUAUCUUCAUCAUCUUCACUCACAUUCCUCUCAAACACCCACCAUAAGUUCAGCUACCCUGCAGCACAUCCGGCCAGUUGUUUCCAGUCUGAAUGUAAGUUCACUGUCAUCUCCCCCAGGACUGCUGGUCCCUGUCAGAAUCCAGACUCACAUGCCAUCAUACAGUAGUGUCAUGUACACAAGUGUGUCAGAGAUCUUGGCUACACACGGACGGUGCACAACCUCACGGGUUAUAUCCACAGAAAAAACAUUGCCAAUUUCACUGACAGGAAUUGCUUCAAAGCAUGACACAGGGCUCCACUUAUCGCACCUGUUUGGACAUCCAGAUGUAUCUGUGCAAUAUCCAAUCUUGAAAAUUCCAGAGUCAUUGUCUGGAAGAUUAAACACAGGGAUUCCUUUGUCGUUGACCUCUGGAACAAUCUCAACUACAGAUGCUUCAUCUGGCAUUGGAGCAAGCAAACGCAUGUUAUCACCAUCCAAUAGCCUAGAACUCUUUAUCGAGACCAAAACGCAGAAACGGGUCAAAGAGGAGAGAAUGUAUGGGCAAAUAGUGAAGGAACUUAGUGCUGUUGAGCUUAGCAACACGGGUGAGAAGGAUUUCCUUGAACAGGACAAAAUCACAUUACCCCCAACAUCUAAAUUUCCUCUCACAAAGGGACCUGUUCAUUUGACUGCACUACUGCCAUCUGUUGAAAGUUUAACUCCAUCCUUGCCAACUUUGCCAGACACUCAGGAUAGAACGCAGUCGCCAGAGCAGUUGGAUGUUGAUGAAUGUGCUCCAGAGGCCCACUGUCGGAAGACAGCGUUCCUCCCCAGAGAUGCUCAAGGGGAGAGCAAGCAGGACAUGGGCAGUAAAAUGCCUGUGAACAUGCUCAUACAACUUGUUGCUAAUCAAGUAGGUGUGGGUCCUGGGAGCAAUUUUCUGCUCACUGAUCUAGCAGACGCACAACAGUUGUUUCGGUUUCCAACUCUUCGGACGACGACUAGUGUGAGCUGGUGCUUUCUUAAUUACACCAAGCCAAACCAUUCUCAAACAACGCCCAUAAGUUCUGUCUAUGGCUCCUGGAGUGUUAGCUCCUACAAUCCAAACCCAUUUAGCCUUAGCACAAAGGCCACCUUAGCACUACUUUGCUCAAAGCAGAGGAAGAACACUGAAACCUAUACGACUGCUGAUAUGCAUCAUCUUGGGUCUGGAAAACUUGUGCCAUCUCUCAUGUGGAAGCAGAGGUUUGACCAGCUGAAGUCAGAGGUCAUGCAGCAAGAUUCGGGCAAAUAUGGUCAUCAAAAGAAGAGUCUUAGCACAAGAGAGAAUGGAAAUAAUGACCGUGGAGAAAAAGAGCCUAUCUCAAAGCAAGCUGAGCCAUCUCGCAUAAAAAUCUUUGAAGGAGGGUACAAAUCUAGUGAGGACUAUGUUUAUGUGCGGGGCAGAGGAAGAGGGAAGUACAUCUGUGAAGAGUGUGGAAUCCGCUGUAAGAAGCCAAGUAUGCUGAAAAAACACAUCCGCACACACACUGAUGUGAGGCCGUAUGUCUGCAAAUUCUGCAACUUUGCUUUUAAAACUAAAGGAAAUCUCACAAAACACAUGAAAUCCAAAGCCCACAUGAAGAAGUGCUUGGAGCUCGGGGUGUCAGUGACAUGCAUUGAUGAUGUGGAAGCAGAGGAAGCAGAUACUGCUGAGGAAAACCCCAGAGAUUCUGGGCAAUUUGACAUGGCUGACCAUCAGUUCUCUGAUGCAGAUGACUCAGACGGGCCAGAGGAUGAUGGAGAGGACAUAGAUGAGGAUGAAGAGGAUGAGGAGGAAUAUGAUGGUGAUUCAACACCAAAGACAUGUUCUAGAAGCACAAGCCCUCAGCCCCAUAGCCUCGCUUUGCUUGCCGCUACUGUGGUUACGGCUUCCCAAGGGUCUUCUGCAGACUUCUUGCACUCUGGCUCGAAACCCCCACUGUUCAGUUACUUAACAAGCCUGCCCAGCAUCCAGGUCACACAGCUUGUGAGUUGUGAGCCCAUGGGAGGCAGGGUCCAUUUGCCAGAGUAUCAGAAUCUCUUGCCAGGGACCUUAGCAGAAAACUACAGGAAUCAACUGAGGGUGCCCAAUUCUAUGGAUGAAGACUCCAGCCCAUCACCAGAGCAUAUCUCCCCCUUGUUUGACCUUUCCCCAUCAUGUCUAUCCUCUCCAGGGUGUGACUCCUCUCCUCUUAGAGAGCCUUCUCCCACAUCCCAGAGAUAUCUCUCACCCAGGGGGGACCUCUCACCCCGUAGACGCCUGUCCCCCAGAAGAGAGGCUUACCAUGUCCGGCAUCUAUCUCCUAGGAGGGACAUGUUCCAUCGAGAUGUGUCCCCCAGGGGUGACCACUCUCCUACAAACCUCCUAUUGCCCAUCUCUAAUACGGGGAGACCCUCAUCUCCAGGGCGUGAGCUGAGCAGUAGAAGAGAUGUGUCCCCAAGGAGCCGCUAUAGAGUGAGACCUGUGUCCCCCAGGAGGGGUGUCCAUCAUCACAGCUCCUCAUGGAGCCCGGGGCAGAACCUACAGGCAGAGAUGGGAGCCCCGGGGCAGAACCUACAGGCAGAGAUGGUAUCCCUGGCCCAAAAGACAAGGAGUCCAUCUGAAACAGAGCAGAUGAAGAAGCUGGAUUUUGGCCGAAACAGCAGCAGUACAGGAACAGCCUCCUCCCACCAUGGCCUGUUCAGCCACCUGCCCUUACACUCCCAACAGCACAUCCACAGCCCCUUCCCCAUGAUCCCUAUUGGGGGGAUCCAGAUUGUGCACACUGUCAGACCCUCCAAUGCAGGCCUUAUCCAUCCUGCCCAUCUGCCCUUACAGAAGACCACAUCAGAGGAGUCCAAUGCUAAUGAAGUGUUUAUCCAAGUGGCAGAUGGCAAGGUGCCCACUGGUAGAUAUGUGGUGGACUCCCCUCGGACCCAGGGAGACAUAUUGUUUUCCCCAAGGGGAGAGCGAGCACUGCCUUCAGCUAGCAUGCUUUCUGACAAAUCUGAAAGGGACGAGGAUGAGAUCUCAGAUAAGGAUAUCAAACAGGAGGAGAGCAUACAGACUUGUACCAAGGCCAUUGCUUCUCUCCGGAUCGUCUCAGAGGAGCCCCGAGAGAAAUCCCUGUCCGCUGAUACUACACCAUAUCAAAAACCACACACAUCUGCUCAUUCUCCCUUACACCUGGACAAGGUUGCACCAAUCAAAAUUCAUCCCUCAAACGAGUUAGACACCAGGCAGUCACUGAACAGCUCUGCCAUGCCUCUCCACUCCAGUAGGGAACAUGUGUUAACUUACUCUCCUCUCAGCAGUCAAAGGAGUGAGGACAAACUCCCACUUUUACAAAGCCAAGGGGAAACGUCAUUAAAUGUAAAGAGGGUAAACAACUGUACAGAAAAUGGUUAAAUGUGGCUACAAAGGGAAAUUCAGCACAAACAUUAUAUCUAAAUGUUUACACAUGCAGAAUACAUGCAAACAUCCAUAUCAUAAUUCAUUAAGCAACACAAUACAUUUGAUUUUUGUAGUUGAAAUGUAUGUGCAUAGCAUGCCUUUUUGGAAGAAAAAUGUUUCCUGUUUUUAACAUUUACUUAUUUAAAGAUGAAGAAGAUACAUAAACCUAUAAAUGAACUUGACCAAACAUGCUAAUUGACAUUUGCCUGGUACUCUUACGUAUGAAAUAUGUGUGCCUUUUCUUUACUUUCUGCAUAUAGUCUUACUAGCAUCUGAAGCAGGAAGGCAUGUACAUUACCAUGUGUUUGUGUCUGCUAUGUAAUAAUGCAAUAUUCUGUGUAAUUUGGACGACAGAGAUUGAAUGAUGUGAUUUACCAGUGUAUGUAAGGUUGCACUAAAACAUAUUUUUAUAUGAUACAAAUGAAAUUGCUUUUCUGUAUAAUAAUUCUAUUUAUUGUAUCAUGUUUCUUACAUUGUACAAAGUUCUUAAUGUUGUGGAUGCCUUUUCUAUGUGAAGCAUGGGUUUUGCUAUUUUAUAAUUAGAGCUACAACUGUGCUGUGUAUAUAAGCUUUAUAUAUGCAUACACAGUAAUAAUAUAAACAUACAUCUUGAUUUCCCUUUAUGUACUCUACAUAUGUGCAUGUCCACCCAUGUUUCAGAUAUAUUGGCAUAUAAUGUAGUAUGAUGAUUAUCUCUAUUUUUGACAUCUUCUCGCCUUGCUGGAUUGCCUACAGCAGUCGUGACAGUUGUAGUAUCACAUUUUGCUCAUGUACUUUACAUUUUUAGUCUCUACAUAAAGCAUUAAGUGAAUUGACCUGAAUCAACACAAGCUCUUGUGCAUUUUGUAUUUUUGCUGUCAACUCAAGCUUGCUGCACUAGUAGUGAAGUAUUAAACACAUUUUGAACUUCCGUGAAUAAUGUGAUGUACUUGAUUCAUUGAUUAGCAUAGAAAGCAUUCCAGCAGAAGCACAUAUAUAAUUCCUUAGUGAAGAAUGUACACAUAUAUAAUUCCUUAGUGAAUAAUGUACACAUAUAAUGUACACAUAUAUUCAUAAUUAUGGGCAUGUCCUUAAGGCCAUGCCCUUGUAAAAAGCACUAGUACAUAUCUUCUUCAAGCAAAACUCUAAACAUGCACCUUAAAUUUCAAAUCAAUUGAGGUAGUAUCCCAUACGAUGUCAUAUUUUGAAAUAAAAUUUCAGAUGAUUUCGACACCUCUUCAGCAACAAAGUUUAUCUUACUGUAUUAUUGAGUGCAUUCUUGUAUGUGCAUCCACAAUUGUCAUUGCUUUCAUUAUAUCUGUAUAAUUGCUCUUGGGCUUUUUCUUAGUCGUACUUGCUGCAUAACUGUUUUAACAUUACCUUAAAUUCUGAGGUGUCAAAGCACAAAUCACUGUAUACAAAUGGGAGACUACAUAAAAGGGUUCAUAGCGAUGUUUGGUGGAAAAAUGAAAUACAAUGUUUCUAGUAUGUAUUUCCGUACAGGUGAAAAAAAAUGGUUAUUUCAAAUAAAUAAAGCAACAAUA